CAUUCUUGAAGGCACCGCGACGCCAGGAAUCUUCAUCCCAUAUCAACAGCUUCGCCGAUUAUUUUUCUCUUAAAUAAUUGCCGUGUUUUUGCCUUUUGGUAAUUUCAGCGGUCAACAGCAAGCAUACUCACACCUCACCUCACAAAGUCACCAACAACUCACCCCAGCAGAAGCGCAAACGGCCCAUCAUGGCGUCGCCGCAGUCCACCACCUCAAACGACGGGGCCAACAAGAACAAGCUCGAGCAAAUCACUUUUAGAUUCUGCUCCGAAUGUUCCAACAUGCUGUAUCCCAAGGAGGAUGAGGACUCUCACAAGCUGCAGUUUACCUGCCGUACCUGCCAGUACACCGAGGAGGCCACUUCGACGUGUGUUUUCCGCAAUGUCAUGAAUAAUGCUGUCGGCGAGACAGCUGGAGUCACUCAGGACGUUGGAUCGGAUCUUACGUAUCACGGGGACAUCGUGAUUAUGAAACGAGCUAGAGAUCAUAAUGCGGGACUCUGCGGCAGAAACGUUCGGAGCUCUAUCUAGCCACUAGGCUGGUGUACCCAAGCUGAUUAGCACCUGAUAAGCACC